AAGAGUGGACAGCUUACGACUAUCUAACCUACUAGUAAGGCUUAUGUAUGUACAUACGCUUGCUACGCUUGCUGCCACGCUACGGCCACGGAUACCGUUACCUGUAAUGUAGCUUCAGUGCCGCAGGCAGCUCCCAAAACCCAACACAAGGCAAAUCUCAUGUUGGAAGAACAAUGCAAUUGACCUUGGCUCACCUGCAUUGAAACACAUCGAAAUGGAACAAUCACAACCCACACCAGGCUCUCUGAGCUGGCGCCUCAGCUCCCACCCGAUCACGCUGCUGUUCUUUCUCGGCUUCCGCAUUUCCUCUCUGCUCGUCUACCUCUUCGGCAUGCUCUUCAUCGACAACCUGGUCAUGAUCUUCAUCAUCACCAUCCUCCUGCUCGCCGCCGACUUCUACUACCUCAAGAACAUCGCGGGACGCCGCCUCGUCGGACUCCGCUGGUGGAACGAGGUCGACCCGACCUCGGGCGACAGCCACUGGGUCUUCGAGAGCAGCGAGCCCGGCACCAAGACCAUCAACCCUACCGAUUCCCGCUUCUUCUGGCUGGCCAUGUACGCGCAGCCCUUGCUGUGGGUCGCGCUGGCCAUCCUGGCGCUGGUCAGACUCAAGUUUAUCUGGUUGCCGCUCGUUGCGAUCGCCCUUGUUCUAACAGUCACCAACACGCUUGCCUUCUCGCGCUGCGACAAGUUCAGCCAGGCCUCGAACAUGGCCGGCAGCGCGUUCUACGGUGGCAACCUUGCGGGAAGUAUCGCCUCCAACAUGGCCGGCCGCCUGUUCAGCCUCGGUCGAUCGUGAGGAGUCGGGACGAAACCAUGCAAGAUCGCUGUAGCGAUUUUGCAAAGAUGUUGUCCUCGAGAAGGGGAGCAAGCCAGCGUGUAUCUCAAUUAGGCAUUUUGGGUCGACAUUCGGGCAGUUCACCCGGCUGAGAGCAAAUUCUAUGGCGUUGAGGAUUGCGUAGGUUUUAUAGAUGAUCAAAUCUGAAUUACACAUGUAUUUUUGAAAGCCACUCAACCUAAUGCGUCGGCCUUUUCUUGGGUGAAAUGUCAUGAAAACACAAAAAUGUUUA